AUGGUGGCCGCAAAGAAGAUGAAAAAGUCCAUCAGUUCGAGGCUCCAGCUGGUGAUGAAAAGCGGCAAAUACGUGCUAGGCUACAAAGAGACCCUGAAAAUGAUCAGACAAGGCAAAACCAAGUUGGUCAUCUUGGCCAACACCUGCCCAGCCUUGAGGAAAUCAGAGAUUGAAUAUUACACUAUGUUGGCCAAAACUGGCGUCCAUCGCUCCAGUGGCAACAAUAUUGAAGUGGGUACAGCAUGUGGGAAGUACUACAGAGUUUGUACGCUGAGGUGA